CUUUCCCCACAGAAGAAUGCAAAGACAUGGGAAUAAUAGAAGAAUUCAAAGACCGGAGAGGUGCAAAUUUUGAGUUAUCACGUUCCGGAAUCAAGGAAAUCCAAAGUGUGGGAAUUAGGAAAAACCAAAAUAUCGAUCCUUUUUAAUCUGUCUAUUCCUUGAUCCUCAUCCUGUAAUCAGUCUAUAAUUUAUGGUACCCAACUCCAGUUUCAGCUUGGCAUCCCCAAUGUUGUCUCGUUUGUUUUCCAGAAAUUGGCUCUCUCCCAAGGAGUUUCUGAUUCUCAUUUUCGUCUUCAAAAUCAGUGGUUUGUACAAGAAGCUCCAAUGAUUUUAAAGUCUCUUACCUGGUUAACUCAUGUGGGCUUUACCUAGAAGCCGCCAUUGUAGCAUCCCACAAGGUAAAGCUUCCAUCUUUCAAGAAACCAGACUCCGUUUUAGCGCUGCUGAAACACUAUGAAUUCUCGGAAACCCAGAUCUCAACUCUUAUGCGGAGACACCCAUAUGUUCUGGUGGCAAAUGCCCAGGAAACCCUUUUGCCAAAGCUCGAGUUUUUGUGCUCCAUAGGAAUGUCAAGGCUCGACCUUGCAAGAACACUGGCAAACAACCCAAUUGUUUUGAUGCGGAGUUUGGAAUACCAAAUUAGACCCUCUUAUACCUUCUUGAAAAAAGUGGUGCUCUCUGAUGUGAAGGUCGUGGAUAUUUGGAAGCGCAACCCAUGGAUUUUCAGGGGAAAUCUGUUCAAGAAUGUGAUACCCAAUAUUGAGCUUGUGAGAGAAUUGGGCAUGCCCCAGUCCUGUAUUGCCCUGUUGCUAACAUAUUAUGCUAAUAUUGUGAUGAAAAAGCCUGAUUUCUUCAGUCAACUUGUGGGUGAGGUCAAAGAAAUGGGAUUUGACCCUCAAAGGUCGAGCUUUGUGCAGGCCAUGCAUGCAUUAUCUGGAAAAGAGACGACAUGGAAACUCUGUCAAGAGGCUUAUAGGAGGUGGGGUUGGUCUGACGAGGAUAUUCUUGAUGCCUUCAGGUCGCAUCCGCUGUGCAUGAUGAAGUCAGGGAAGAAAAUAAUGGAAACAAUGGAUUUCUUAGUGAACAAGAUGGGGUGGCAGUCACAGAAGAUUGCAAGGUCUUCCAGGGUUUUGGGUUACAGCUUGGAGAUGAGAAUCAUCCCAAGGUGUUCCGUUGUUAGAAUUUUGUUGUUGAAAGGAUUGAUGAAAGAGGAAGAGUUGAAUAUGAAUACUAUUAUUACUACGUAUUUACUUCCUGACUAAGUUUGUGAGCAGAUAUCUCAACCAAGUACCUCAAUUGUUGAAUGUGUACCAAGGGAAAGUGGAUUUUCAGUAUGUAUGAUCUUGGUGACACAGUUCUAGGGUCAUAGUGUUGAAUCCGGAGGUGCUACUAGAAACAAUUGCAAAAUA